GCUAUCUGCAAUUUCCACAAAAUAGGGCAAGUGUGUGAAUAUUUCCUGAGGCUUCUAUGGGCUUGAUAUUUAUUCACCCUUCCGAGGGCACUUAAAAUUCUUAUAUGCCUCAGUUAGGUCUACUUUGAUUUUAAUAUUGUUUUUUUUUCCUCCUCCAUGCUGCUUAUUUUCUGUCACCCACUUUUGUAUUUAUACCCAGAUCAUUGGUGACCUAAAAAAAUUGGGUGACCUGUUACCAUCCUAUAAUGUUUGUGGCUGCAUUGUUGAGUGCAACUUCAAACUAACAAUAAAUUAAGUACUUACCAAUGCAGCUGUGGAAGCUGCAAAGGUAUUAUGUUGCACCAUCAGGCAAGAGACUUCGUUCUAUGGUUGAAAUUCAGAGGCACUUGCUAGAACAUCCAGAGUACAUGGCAAAAGGGGUGACUAUGUCGCAAUUUUCAUUUCAAAUCCCAAGACCGUUGCAGGAAAACUAUGUGAGAAAGCGUCCUACUCGUUUGACAGGUUCAUAUGAUGGCAAUUGUGUUGGAAAUAGUGGCCUAGUUACACACACAACACUAUAUUAUUUGGAAGAGAAUAGAAAUGGAAGAAAAUACUUUUUAUUUCACUUCUUCUAUUAUUUGACUAGAGUACAUGAAUAUAUAGGCCUCACAUAUGUAUGUGUAACCAUUACAUUUAAAUGUCUAUAACUCUCCUACCUCCCACUAACAUAAUCUUCAAUAUGCAUAACUCCCACUAACAUAGUAUUUGUUAGGCUUAACUCUCAUGACUCUUUAUUUUACAUAACCUUAACUCCCACUAAGACAAUUUAUUACCCACUAACAUGCUAAAUUAACACAUGCAUCAUGGAUACAAAAAUACUUGAAAAUACUAAAUACUAAAAUCAAGUUUAUUUUCAACACCCCCCUUUAAACUUGAUUUUGUAACUUGAAAAACCUUCUUAUUAAUCUUGGGGGCUUAAUCAAAAA